AUGCCAUUUCAGGGAGGUGGUUCCCAAUGGCAGGGCCCCGUCUCCCAGGCAAGCCACGUGUCAUUGGACAUGGCCCUGAGAAACCGAAAGGAUCUGAAAGCCUGAAGUGCAUGCUAAACUGAGCUGAUAUCGUGACCUGAGCUAACCUGAGCUAACUGACGAAGGGCUAUCGGAGCGCUUGCGUGGGUGCGUGGAGCCCUCGUGAGGAGUAAUACGGAGGACAUCUACUCCUGAGUCUUAGCCGGUGGUCUU